AUGGCGGAUGGCGAGAAGCUGCCGUUCGACCUGACGGAAGGCGCCCGGGCGGCACGCGCCACGAAACGAGCCACCAUCUUGACCUGGCAGGACUUCUCGUCGGGCUUCUCGCGGACAGAUGCACCUCUCAACGCCACGCUCCAGUUCAGUACGCCCGUCACAAACACGGUUAACUCCUGGCCCGCGCACUCGGGCGUGUCCGGUGAUUCACAACACUGUCAACGCAGACCGGGCACUAGUGCAGCCAUGUAA